UCCACGAGUCCAACACGAGCAGGUCGAGAUUUUGUGACCUUCCAGUCUCAUCAAUGGCUGCUGCUUCUCACCUCUUCUUCUUCUUCCUUUCGGUUUCGCUUCUUCUCUCCUCCACCUUAUCGGCUUACGAGUUCCGUGUUGGAGGACCGAAAGGUUGGACGAAACCCACGGGAGAUGAGUUGGAGAACUACAACCACUGGGCGACGAAGAACCGCUUCCAUAUUGGAGAUUCCUUGUAUUUCAAGUAUGAGAACGACUCGGUGCUAGUGGUGGACAAGAACGCGUACAAAGAAUGCGACACGAAGGCGCCACUCCUCAAGUUCGUAGGCGGCAACACGACGUUCACGUUCGACCGCCACGGCUACUUCUACUUCAUCAGUGGCGAACCAGGCAACUGCAAGGCAGGGGAGAGGUUGAUCAUUCGCGUGAUGGUGCACUGGGAAGUGGUCAUCUCAGGAGAUGCUCCAUCUCCUCAGCCAGGCCACAGUGGCAGCUCCAUCUCCAGCGCAGCCGUGGGUUUUGCUACUUCCUUCAAGAACACCGUGUUCGUGGCAGCUCUUGGAUCUGCUUUCGCUAUAUCUCAGUUUGUCUAGAUUAAGCUUAUGUUCAUUUAUUUGUUGAUCUUUAGGGACCUUAG